AUGUCUCAGUUCAGAGAUACAUUUACACGUGGGAGUAAGAAGGACUCCGUCCUUUCCUACGACGAUUUCGCAUCGAGAAUAUUCACUAGCGGUUUCAUACUGUGUUUUCUGAUACCAAUUACAAUUUAUCUACUUAAAAAGUGGCUUUCCUGGAAAAGACCGAAGCUUCCGGCGAAAUUGCGCCUGUCUGAUGUACAUAUAGAAAGCAAGAAGCAUCCUUGCGUCAAAUGUGAGUGCUCAUUCUGUAAAACCAGAAGAGCAGAAGAAUCCAAAAAAUCCCUCAAAUUCACAGACCAUUUUACAUUUUCCCGAUUAUUUCAAUUAAUAAUUCUAGCCACAUUUUGGUGGAUCGUGAUUUAUUUGAUUUCCGGAAUUAAUCCAGAUGAUAAUAUUAAAAGAUUUGACCCGUUUGAGCUGCUGGGUCUGUCAACGGACGCGUCCAAGAAGGACAUACAAAAGGCAUACCGCCAUCUCUCACUCAAAUAUCACCCAGAUCGAAACCCCAAUGACCCCGAAAUGUCAGCACAUUUUGUGUUGAUCACUAAGGCAUAUAGGACACUAACAAACGAGGUGUCCCGAAUGAACUAUGCAAAGUAUGGGAAUCCAGAUGGGCCGGGGAUGAUGAAGAUUGGAAUAGGGCUUCCAAGGUUCCUGGUGGACGAGAAUAACCAGAUUGUCAUAUUAUCCUUAUUUUUCCUUCUGUUACUAAUAGUUGCACCGUCACUAUUUUUAUGGUAUUAUCGCACCCAAAAAAAUAUAACAGCGUCUGGGAUCCAGUUGGAGACGUUGCAGCUUAUAUACUAUUCGCUGAAUGAAAACACUAGACACAAGAGUCUGCCGGAAGUUUACUCGUGCUCGUCAGAGUUGUCUAGUAUCCCAUACCAUUCCAGCGAGGAAACGGAGCUCCGUAAAUAUUUCCACGUUCUGAGUGAUUAUAAGCGAAAGAACAUCUCGUCAGAAACGUUUAGAAACUUUUUGCUACUCAUGUGCCACCUUAACAGGGUUGAAGAUUUGUCACCCAAGCUAAAAAGGUCAUUAAACGAAGUGCUAAAAUAUAGCAUGUUGAUCACUCACUGCAUGAUCGACGUGGCACUCUCCAAGAGCUGGCUCAUAACAUUUAGGUCAGUGAUAGACUUUAGAAGAGGAAUUCUGCAAGGACUGUUGACGAGAUCGGAAUCCUUUUACCAGAUCCCACACUUCACAGAAUACGAAAUCAACCACGUGGGAAGAGGUAAAACGAGUUCGAAGAACAUUGAGCAGUAUGUGAAAACAGAUUUUAAAACCAAAAAGGGUCUGAAUAACUUGACAGAAUCACAGAAACAAGACGUCGAAGAGUUUUGCAAAUACUUCCCAAGCGUAACACUGGAAGUCAAAGUGUACGUUGAAGACGAGGAUGAAAUUUAUGAAGGGGAUCUGGUGACUGUUGAAGUGAAGCUGAGAAGAAACAAUUUGAAGGAUAAGGAGUUGAUUGGACCAAUACACGCACCGUUUUUCCCAUACGUAAAGUACGAACAGUACUACAUCCUGUUAACCUUCCCAUUGAACCUGAACAAGGAUAAAGAUAGCACUAACCACGUGCAUACAAACGAGUCUAAAGUAAAUGGAGUUGUUACUUUAGACACUGUAGAUGAGGUCAAGAGUAACGAUUGGGAAAAUAACUUGCUCUUGAACUUCUCCAUGACAUCAAGCCGUGAGGCGGAAAUUGUAGAAAAAAUGCAGAUUUUAGCUGAGAAGGUAGGACAAAACACCGUUUGUGUCACCGCGAUCAACGACUCGUACUUUGGAGCCGAAUUUUCAGUUCUCAAGAAGUUCUACGUUAACCCGCUCAACAUGCAGAAGAGGUACGAAGCAUUUAAAAUCCACCCCGAAGAUAUGAAACUCGAUGAAGAUGUUAACCCAAUCACCAAGAUGAUUGGAGAGCUACUCACAGCUGAAUCUUCCGAUGAAGAAGAAGUUGAAUAUAUAGAAUAA